AUAGUAUUCGUAACACUGGCGAGGGACAGCUCACCAAAAUUCUGCCCGAGCAGUGUUUUUUGCCUUUUCGUUUAAAUUUUAUACUUUUUAUUUGGCCAAAAGCAAUAAAACGCGCCUCAAUACAUGAAACUCACCAAGCAGAGCUUUUAAUAAAUAUAUACACAUAUAUUUAUAUUCGUGAAGAUAUUGAAUAUAACAGAAAGUCAAACAAGUUUGUCUGCCAGUGAUUUGGCAAGUUAGUGUGAAAAAUUCCAAAGCAGAAAAUUGCGUUAAAAUGGUUGAUAAAUUUAUCAGUAUGUGGAAAGUGCGCGAACUAGCGGACAAAGUCACCAAUGUCGUCAUGAACUACACAGAGAUUGAGGGCAAGGUACGCGAGGCAACCAAUGAUGAUCCCUGGGGUCCAACUGGGCCACUUAUGCAGGAGUUGGCACAUGCCACAUUCUCUUACGAAACCUUCCCCGAAGUGAUGUCCAUGCUUUGGAAACGCAUGCUGCAGGACAAUAAAACCAAUUGGCGGCGCACUUACAAAAGUCUGCUGUUAUUAAACUAUUUGGUGCGCAACGGGUCGGAACGAGUGGUUACCUCCUCCCGGGAGCACAUCUAUGAUCUGCGCUCAUUGGAAAAUUACACGUUCACCGACGAGGGUGGCAAGGAUCAGGGUAUUAAUGUUAGGCAUAAGGUAAGAGAGCUUAUAGACUUUAUUCAAGACGAUGAUCGCUUGCGCGACGAGCGCAAAAAGGCCAAAAAGAAUAAGGACAAAUACAUUGGCAUGAGCAGCGAUGCAAUGGGCUCCCGAAGCGGGGGUUACAGUGGCUACAGUGGUGGCGGCGGUGGAGGUAGCGGUGGCGGCUACAACGACGGCGAAUGGCGAAGUAAUCGAGGAGAAAAUUGGUACUCUGAUAAGAGCUCUGCAGAGCGUUACGAAGACGAGGAUACUCAUUACGACGGCGAACGAGAAGGAUCCGACAGUGACUCGCCCAGUCCAAGGCGCAACUAUCGUUACAAUGAUCGCGCCAGUCCUGCAGAGAUAGCCGCUGAAAGUAAACCGCAGAACCUGAGUAUGAAUAUACGCUCAAAGUCUGCUGUCAGCUCGCCGGUCUCCAAGCAACCUACUUCAGCAACAAGCGGCAGCGGUUCGAAGCCAUCGGUAACUCAAAAGAAAAUAAAUUUGGGUGCUGCUGCCAACUUUGGGAAGACCUCAAGUGCCGCUGGCAUUCAUUCGCCCACACAUCGUGAUACGCCCACCAAUAACAGCAUCGAUCUAAUGGGCGCCGCGUCACCAAACAACAACAGUACACCGAGCAAUAGUAAUGAUCUACUGGAUGAUCUAUUCAAAACUUGUUCUCCGACGCCAGUUCAACAACAACAGCAAACGCAAGGCGAGAAGACAUUAAAUAGUGCCGCAAUCAUUGCCGAUGACGAUGAUGACUUCAACCCGCGAGCUGGUGACGCUGGUGCCGUUCAAGAAUUUGGAGAUUUUGCCGCUGCUUUUGGAGGCGAACCAUCGCUACCCUCAGCUGGCAUCAUUCCGUCUGCUGGCAAUGAUGAGUUUGCAGACUUUGCUGCAUUUCAAGGCUCCACAUCUUCGACAACAACAUUGGAUAACCAGUUACUGACCACUGCGACGCCAACUAAUGAUGCCUUUGACUUGUUCAACUCUUCGGCGCCAGUAGCAACAGUAGCAAUGGGCGCACCUACGGCUACUGAUCUUCUAGCCGGAUUAGGGGACCUAUCGAUCCACCAGAGCAUGCCAAUGGCAUUUGAAGCACAGCCAUCGUCGAAGUCUUCGUCAUCUCCAUCUGCAGUAGCACGUCUGGCCUUAUCUAAAGCGAUUGCACAGCUGCGUGAGCUAUCGCGAGUGCAGAGCUCCACUGAUGCCAGCUUUGUGGCUGACACACUGCGCCAGCUGCACAGAAGUAAUGCACUGCCUGGAUACGCGACACCAGAGCAGAUCGUUGGCCUUGAUUGCCAGGCAAUUGAUUGGUCCGUCCUGGCCAGCAACGAAUAUGCGGCUCUCCUAGCGCAGCUUACUAGAUUAUUUACCCCCGACUGGCCGCAGCCCAAUGCUGAUGUGGAUGUUUUGAAUUUGUUUAAACUGGAUUACUGCUUUGAGUACACGCAAACUUCGUUGGAGCUCCUGCAACGGCAGUUGGAACGAGUGCCGAGCACUUCUAGUUGCAUGCUAGAAGCGCUGCUAAAGGAUGAGAGUCUAAUUGCUGUGAGUCUGCUGCACAUUGCACGACAACGAGGAGCACUAAUGCAACGCUUUGGGCGAACUAUCAAGAUUCUACCAGAGCGACAGCUGGAUGAGCACGAUGCGCAGAUUGCACAAUUUAUCCAGCUUCUGAUUGGAUUGCCCAACUUGGUGGCCAACAAACUGGGACGACAAUUUCCAGCAAUCUUUGCCCCGUUUAACUAUAGUCAAUUGAUGCUACGUCAAUGGCUUAAGGCGCUGCACUUUAUGCUACAGUGCGAGGAUAUUAUUGGCUACUUCGAUCUAUGCCCAUUCAGCUGGCUGCUGUCGCGAGUUAUCAACCAUUACCCCGAUGCCUCCACAUUAGAAUCACUGCUACGCUUGCUCGCUGAGUAUGCGGUUAUGCCAAAGGCAAGAAUCGUAGUACGACAAAUCAUGCUUGAGCUGGAGCCUUCCGCUUGCUUUAAGGUAGCACAGAUAGCAGUGAAUGCAAAGCUCAAUCUGUACUUGCUCUUGGGAUCAACUAUAUUAGAGAGCUCUCACUGGGAACACUGUUUACUGCAGAAACUGCCACUUCAAUGCGCACCCACUGCAAAUGAAGCACUGUGUUCGUUCAUUGGGUAUCUUAAUGUAAUUGCGCCAUUUCGCCUGAAAUUGCUUUUCACACAGCUGAUGGGCAUCUGGUGCAAGCGUUUGACUCUGCAAAAGUUGAGCAGACAAGAGCAUGUGAGCAUUAGCAAGCUUCUUAUUCUUUCUGGAAAAUGCCAAGGAGAUCUGGACCUGGACCUCAAUCGCCAACUGCACGACGGCUUAAGUCAUCAUCUGCAGUCCUCUGACGCAGUGCAACGAUAUAUCGGCAUGAAGACAGUAGAACUGCUUUAUAAUUUCAUGCAGCCCGCUGAAGAGAUGUCAUUAAAGUUCGAAUAUACUGGGUUAAAAGAGACACCGCAUUGGCGCAUUCUCGAGGAGCUCGACGAACUAGCCCGCUUCGAAUAUCCCACUAAAAAGGAAUUAAACGAGCAACCAAAUCGAGCUCAAAGUCAGCGACUUGAACUGCAAAUUAUUCAGUUUAUGGGAGAUCAAAAGACACCAGAACAAAAUACAAGCGGCAUCAAACGGAUUGAACCAGGACGGGACGCACCGAAUAAUGUGAGCAUGCAGUUGGACUUGGACUCUGAUGAUGAGUUACCCGCGCAGUCGCUUGAUGAAGAUGACAUCGACUUGAAGCCCUAUGACAUGUCCAAUGACACGUCUAGUACAGUGGAGCAACGUCCCAGAUUUCUUCUUGACUUGUUGCACUUGCUGCAAACCAAAGUUCAAAAUUAUCAGGUCUUCGAAGCUGCACUUGGCACAGCCGAGCAGCUAAUCCGAAGCCAACUGACGAAGCAUGACAAGAAAUUAGCUCUGGAGUUGAUGCAGCUCUUCAUUACUCUUGAGAUGCAGUACUAUUUUGAGAACUUUGAGCAGACACAGUUCAGGUGUUGUGUGGCCAUCUGUGUAUCCCAUCCUGGUGCCUCCGCCGAGUUCCUGUGCCGGGAGUUUCACACAGCCAACUCACGAUAUGCCUUAAAAGUGCGCAUCCUAAUACUGCAGGUGUUGUGCACAGCAGCCAAGGAGUUGGCCGAUGACAAGGCGCUUGAAACGGGAAGUCAACAAAUCCUUGAGAUCGUGCCACCAGCUGCAAAGCAAAUGCGAAAGUUUCAGCUCCACUCCGACCAAGAUGAAGCCACAGAGCGUUUAGUUGCUGCUCAGCGCAUCAUCAGAGAACGUUUGCGGACAAAAACAAAGCAUUAUAUUAGCAAGCAGAAGACGCACGAGAAGAGGAGUGGCCAGGCGAACCGCUUCCAUGCAUUUGCCGGCACAUUUUUCUUUGGGCUUGUGCGUGGUCAGCGAACGAGUAGCAUGUUAUAUGCCAAAUAUGACAACAUUGGCUACGACAUUGAUAGCCAGCUGCUAGUUAAUAUGCUGCACACGAUGGCCGUGCUUAUCAUGUGUGCGCAGAAUUGUCCCUUGUUACCCACAAUGGCUCGGGAGGUCUUUGAUUUGUGCACUUUUAUACGCUUUAAUCCCGAGGCACGCGUUCGAGCAGCGACUCUCCAGCUCUUGGGUAUUACACUGGUCACCACGCCUGCUGACCUGUUAACUACUCACUUUGCCGAGUCUCUAAAUGAGCUACAACACUGGCUCAAGGAUUUUAUGCGUUCACCUCUUCUGGGCGGCGAGGCAUCCGAUGAGUGCCGUGAGCUUGCCGAGCAAAUAUUGUCCACGUGCUAUAAGUUAUUUGAUUCGUCGUCAGAAAGUCAUUCCGUUUAAGUCAAACUAUAGUUAUAAGCGACAUUCGAGCUGCGAGCAAACUGAAACUAUAAAUAAAUUCGCUUCUAUUGAAAUGAAAAAUUAAAAAACUAUUCUGCAGAAUGCGUAUUUGUCUAUUUAUUGACAUGGAUUUAAGAAGAUUUAAGAAUGUAUUAUAAUAUGUAGUCGCUAGAUGAACCGUUUGUCAAUAUUCAGAUUUAUUUGAAAUAAAUUUUCACUUUAUUUUUGUUCUUUUUCCCUUUAUCAAAAAUGAAAUUGCCAUAAUUGCGCACAAUGUAAUAAUGAUAACUUGUAUUUGAAGCAUUUCUCAAUAUACCGGGCAUUGUGCCUCAGCCUCGGACGCACUAGAUAAUAUGCUGCCGCCUAUAGCAGCUGUUUCUGGCAACAAUCUGCUUCAGCCAAUGUCUGCCGCAAGCAACAACAAUAAUCGUAAUUCAAGCACCAAUGGCACCGAGACGACAACCACGCAGUCAACAAAUGUUGGUGCCACUUGGUCGGGUAA